AGUCACUGGAGAUAUGGAAGACAAUUAUAUUUCUUCAGGGAAUGUUUGUAGAGGCUUCAAAUACGAAGGGAGAAUUUUGUCCUUCAUGUGGGGAGAUGUGAGAAAGGCUUUAAGGAUUUGGCUCCGCCCCUUAGCGGUAACGGGUUCUAAGCUGAACACCUGGUUUCUCCAGUCUUAGUGGUGGAGGGCAGGUCUUUGGGUUAUGGAACUACAAUCCCCAAGAUGCAUUGCGAACCCUAUAACAGUUUCCUCCGUUUGCUUCCUGUGACAAUUCAUGGGAAUUGUAGUUCUCGAGAGGUUACUGUGUAUCCUUGUCCACAUGAGUAAGAAGAAAGUUUUGAAUAAUCUGGAGUUGAGAAUGAGGUCGUAAGGUUUUAUUCAAGUCUUUUCGCCACAGUGAAGGAGGACUUUAAAAAAGAAGGGUCAGGGGAUUCCUCCGGACACCGCAGGAUUUUAGAGUGCUCCUAUUUGUACUCUCCCACUUUCAGGCCAUCCCUUUAGCGUCACUUCCUCUUAGCUGAAGACACUUGCAAAAGGCUUGGCGGGAGUUGGAGAUUCCAAAGCUAGUACACCAGUUUUGGCGGUCUGGAAGUGCUGUGUAGGGCAAGAGAGGGAAAGUUGAAUGUACUUUAAUUGCGCUUUAAGAAAAGAGUAGGUAAGAGUCGGGCGUGGAGGCUCGUGUCUGUAACAACAGGAAGACGAAAGGUCGCGCAGCGAGUUCACAGCCUGGGCUGCACAGCUCACCAUGCCUGCAGCUGGUACCAAAAAGGCUACUACAUCUCAGACUUCUUUAAUCAGCGAAUCAUACACACAGCUGGAUUUUUUACCCGACAAGCUCAGAACAAAGCUGCUUCCAUUCCAAAAAGAUGGCAUUGUUUUUGCCCUCAGAAGAGAUGGCAGGUGUAUGGUGGCUGAUGAAAUGGGUCUAGGAAAGACAAUCCAAGCAAUUGCAAUUGCUUACUUCUACAAAGAGGAAUGGCCCCUGCUAAUAGUCGUCCCUUCGUCUCUGAGGUACCCGUGGGUAGAGGAACUAGAAAAAUGGAUCCCAGAGCUAGAGCCAGAGGAAAUCAAUGUUAUCAUGAAUAAAACGGACAUUGGGAGAAUCCCGACCAGCAGAGUGACAGUCCUAGGCUAUGGUCUCUUAACCACGGAUGCUCAGACUUUGGUGGAUGCACUCAACAGCCAGAACUUCAGAGUCGUCAUAGUGGACGAGUCGCACUACAUGAAGUCUAGAACUGCUGCCCGCAGCAAGAUUCUCCUGCCCGUGGUGCAGAAGGCCAGGCGGGCCAUUCUUCUCACAGGGACACCAGCCCUGGGAAGGCCUGAGGAGCUUUUCAUGCAGAUUGAAGCUCUUUUCCCACAAAAAUUUGGAACGUGGAUCGAGUAUGCUAAAAGAUACUGCAAUGCACAGAUCAGAUACUUUGGUAGAAGGCGUCAGUGGGAUUGUAGAGGGGCAUCAAACCUUAGCGAACUUCACCAACUACUAAGUGACAUAAUGAUCAGAAGAUUAAAGAGCGAAGUUUUAAGCCAGCUGCCCCCAAAAGUCAGACAGCGCAUUCCGUUUGACCUCCCACCAGCAGCUGUGAAGGAACUGAAUGCCAGCUUUGAAGAAUGGCAAAAAUUAAUGAGAGGUCCAGAUUCAGGUGCCAUGGAGACUGUUCUAGGCUUGAUAACGUCCAUGUUCAAACAGACUGCAAUUGCCAAGGCAGGUGCAGUGAAGGACUACAUUAAGAUGCUGCUUCAGAAUGAGUCGCUUAAGUUUCUGGUCUUCGCUCACCAUUUAAGUAUGCUCCAAGCUUGCACGGAAGCAGUCAUCGAAAACAAGGCUCGUUACAUCAGGAUAGAUGGAAGUGUGCCAUCUUCAGAAAGGAUUCAUCUGGUGAAUCAGUUUCAGAAGGAUCCCGAUACCCGGGUGGCUAUCCUGAGCAUUCAGGCUGCUGGCCAGGUUUUCCAGCAGCAAAGUGAGUCGAGCUCGUCAUCAGAGGAUAAGGCGGUUUUGUGUGUGCAGCCCCGUCAGCCUGUUGAAGUGCCUUCAGACAUGUCCUCUUGCAGCUCACUUGCAUAUCUUGGAAUAAGUAGUCUUCACUUGCUGCUGAUGAGUUUAAUCUUCCUUAUUUGUCUGAAGGGUUUGACGUUUACUGCGGCCAGUCACGUCGUCUUUGCUGAGUUGUACUGGGACCCGGGACAUCUCAAACAAGCCGAAGACCGUGCUCACCGAAUCGGACAGUGCAGUUCUGUGAAUAUUCACUACCUUAUCGCAAACGGCUCUCUGGACAGCCUGAUGUGGGCAAUGCUGAAUCGAAAGGCCCAGGUCACAGGAAGCACCCUGAAUGGCAGGAAGGAGAAACUCCAGGCUGCAGAAGAUGACAAGGAGAAGUGGGGUUUUCUGCAGUUCGCUGAAGCAUGGACCCCAAGUGACAGCUGUGAGGAUCUCAAGGAUGCCGUGUUCACUCAUUUUGAAAAAGAAAAGCAGCAUGAUAUUCGAUCAUUCUUCUUACCAAAACUGAAAAAGAGACAGUCGGAAACAUCCUGUGAGGAAUCAAAGGUAUUCAAGGAGAAGAUUAAAGUGGCCUCAGACCCUGGAAAAAUGGCUUCAAGUGACAGCACUGAUGACAAAAAUGGUUUUGAACCUGAAGCUAAAAGAUUCAAGACACUCAGCGGCACUCUGGAGGAAAGGCCGUCCCUGCGAGUGAGAGCCACAUCCAUGGAAGGUGUCCAUGAGCUCAAGUCCCCACUGGCCUCCCCGGCGCGUCCUGAGAAGGGGUGGCAGUGUGGCCUCUGCACCUUCCUCAAUGACCCGGUCCUUCCUUACUGCGAGAUGUGUGAGAACCCGCAGGGCAGAGCUGCUGGCCUCAACCAUAUGGAGAAUAACAACAAAAAUGGGGAAGAUAAUUCUCAGAAAAGCUCCUCCAAAAAUGAUCAGGCUGGUUUGGACUGUUUAAAACAACUGCCUGAACACUCGGAAGUUGGGCAGUUGGCUAAUAAGAAGGAAGAAACAUUGGAAGGUGAGAGGGAAGGCAGACUGCUGUCCCAGGCAGGGACUGGGCAAUUGAACAGUUCAGGCACUCCGCCAGCGCGUGAGACCUUCAUGUUCUGUGCGAGUCGGAACACCGAGCGGGUCCACCUCUACACCAAGGACGGGAAACCGAUGAACUGUAACUUCAUUCCUUUGGAUAUAAAAUUAGACCUUUGGGAAGAUUUACCAGCAAGCUUUCAACUGAAACAGAAUCGCUCAGUGAUUCUGAGGUUUGUCCGAGAAUGGAAUAGUCUAACUGCCAUGAAGCAGAGGAUGGUCAGGAAAAGUGGGCAGCUGUUCUGCAGCCCAGUCCUGGCACUGGAAGAGAUCUCAAAGAAACAAGCCAAGGAAAAUAGUACUAAAAGAUACAUCACUAAAGAAGAUGUUGCCACAGCCUCCAUGAAUAAGGUGAAAAAUGACGGGGGACACGUCCGUUUGAUCACCAAGGAGUCCAGGCCACAGGGCCCUUCCACAAAAAAGCUUGGCCGAGCCUGUGUCCCAUCUCCAAAUCCCUGCCCAACUGACCUCGCUGUUGAGCCAUCCCCGUCCAAAGGCUACAUCCAGGCUGUGGAUAAGGAAGGAAGGCCGCUCUGCCUCCGCUGCCAGCACCCCGCCUGCCAGCCUGAGCAAGGGUCUAAAGCCAGCGCCUGGGACUCACGGUUCUGCUCCCUCAAGUGUCAGGACGAAUUCUGGAUCCGAUCCAAUAACAGCUACCUGCGAGCCCAGGUGUUCGCAGCGGAGCACGGUGUGUGCCAGCUGUGCGGUGUGGACGCACAGGAGCUCUUCCUGCAAGUGAGAGAUGCUCCUAAGAGUCAGAGGAAGAGUCUGCUAGACGCUGCCUGGGCCGCGAAGCUCCCCCUGGAGCAGCUCAAUGACAUGCUGAGGAACCCAGGAGAAGGCCACUUCUGGCAGGUGGACCACAUCAAGCCGGUGUACGAGGGGGGAGGACAGUGCUCCCUGGACAACCUGCAAACUCUUUGCACAGUGUGCCACAAGGAGAGAACAGCCCGACAAGCCAAGGAAAGAAGCCGGGUGAGACAGCGCUCUCUGGCAGCAAAGCACGGCUCAGACAUCACUCGGUUUCUGCUGAAGAAGUGAAGCAGGUGGGAGGACCUGACACGUUUAGCUUCAUGUUUGUCUAGUAUUUUAUUUUAAUUCUCUCUCUUCUUUUUCCUCCUGUGGGCCCUCUUCAUCAGGUAUCACCAAACCUUCUGCAGGUCUCUGCAGUGCAGGGUGAUUUUUUUCUCAUUCUCCUGGCAAUCAGUUCAACAUUCUGUAGCCUUCCAAAGCAGAAGUCUCUCCCUCUCCAAGUCCUUGACAGUGAGCUUCAGUUCUUGACCUGCCGCUUCACCAUCCCCGCUGGCCGCACCACGAUUCUUUUGCACCCUCUCUGGGCCAGCCCAGGAGCUGCAGUAGUUCUCUGUGUUGCAAUGGCCUGGAGCUGAGAGGCUUCCUUGCUUUACUCAGAGCUGGAGUGACAAGAGAAGGAGCUGCUGCAGUUUCUUGAUCUUGUCCAUCAGCCAUAGGGUCACAGGGUCACACUCGUCCAUCACAAUUUGCAUCAAAAACCUCUUGAACCAUUGAACGAAUUCAAAAUUGUCCUGAAAUUUUCCUUUUUCUAAUUUAUCCACAGGAACUAUUUUGUCAACACCUGCUUGUAGUCUUUUAAGUUCUAAACAUACUCGUGUUCUAGCUUGGCUUGAAAUUUCACUUUCUUCCAGGCAGUGGAACCAGGGAGGAACAUGACCUCAGACUGACAGUGUCAGGUCCCACUGCAGGGACUCACUAACCCAAGCCAGCAUGUCACAUCGACUUAGCUUAUCUGUCUAGUAUUUAAGAAUGAAAGGUUUUCAAACAUAAAUCGAGAAGUAAAGUUUAGGGUUUGUGCUAAGUACUAAAGGUAUGGUGGGAAGCAUGUCUGUGGUCCUACUGACUCCAUGCAGAUUGGGAAUUAUGUUUCAGCAAGAUUUCCUUCAGCUUUUGUUUCCUCUUCUACACCUUAAUCACUGCAUCACACAUAGAUAAUAUGUAAUAAAUAUAUUCCCAGUUACUGAGAGUUGCUCCUUGAUUAGUAUUAGUGAUUAGUUCUGGACUGUGUGGUAUAAAUGGAACAUUCCAGAACAAUGAGGGAAAUUUUGGAGACUAGUCUUCAUUAUUAAAUGAAUUCCAGGCAGACCGUGACCAGCCUACUUCUUAUAAAGCACCUCCAAACCAAGACUUUGGGUGCACGUGCGGGCUGUUGCCUCCUUGUUUUAUUUCUGCACCAGUCGUCUCUAUUGAAAUAUCUCUGUGAAUAAACUCACUGUAAUCAGACAUGGCAUCUGUGUAGAACUUGUGUGCUCUGGGUAGGCACACAAACGACAAAGCGUGGCGUAUUAUGCCGUACACACCUUGUGUUCUACUUUUCUGUUUGCUCAUUGGUUUGCUUUUUGCAUUUUGGUUUGUUUUGAAUGUAUAAAACCAUGCUCACUAUCAAAACAGCCUUUGUCUCUUGGUUCUCAUUUUCUGGUUUUCAAAUUCUGGUAAUACUUUGUUUUGUUUUAAAAAUAAACCUUGUUAAGGUGUUUUUAAA